AUGCCAGUAUUUCCAAAGCUCAGGCCUGGAUUCCGUCGAACCACCACUGAAGAUGUGGUCACUCCUGUCCCCAUGACCCCGGCGGGGAGAGAUGAGAAAGAUGCAGCGACAGACAACAUCGAGGCCAACACAACAACAACCACCACCAACAUCAAUGACGAGGACCUGAAGGAAGAGGGUCUUGACGAAACUGCCCAGAGAGGUGUCCAGGAUGUCCAGGCCGUCACCCUGACCUGGUCCAAGAGAUCUCUCGUCGCCGUCUUCAUCCUGAUGUUCCUCCUCUACUUCGUCAAUGCCUUUCAGUCGUCGAUCCUGUAUAACUUGGUUCCCUUCGCCACGAGCUCUUUCGAGACGCACUCCCUAUUGACCGUCAUUUACAUUGUCGCCAACUCGAUGAGUGCCGCAAUCUACAUUCCUCUGGCCAAGAUGCUUGACAUCUGGGGUCGUGCCGAAGGGUUCCUUCUCAUGGUCGCCUUUGCCACACUGGGUUUGAUCUUGAUGGCUUCUGGCAGCGGUCUGUCCACAUUUUGCGCAGCACAGGUGUUCUACUCCAUUGGGUUCGGGGGCUUGAUAUACAGCAUCGACGUGAUCACGGCCGAUGCGUCCAAGCUGAAGAAUCGAGGGUUGGCGUACGCAUUCACCUCGUCGCCAUACAUGAUCACUGCAUUCGCCGGUCCCAAAGCCUCGGACGACUUCUACUACAACCUCAGCUGGCGAUGGGGGUUCGGCUGCUUUGCCAUCAUCUUGCCGUUCGUGGCGGCGCCGCUGUACAUCAUUCUGAAGCUCAACCUGCGCAAAGCCGCGAAGCAGGGCCUUCUCGCCAGAGAGCGCAGUGGCCGGACAUUGACGCAAAACAUUUGGCACUAUGUUCAAGAAUUUGAUGCUCCUGGAGUGAUUCUCUUCGCGGGCGGGCUGACGGUCUUCUUGCUGCCGUUCACUCUGGCCGACUCUGCGCCCAACGGGUGGGCCACGGACUACAUCAUCGCCAUGAUCGUGGUCGGGUUCGUGGUGCUCGCGGCGUUUGGACUGUACGAGGCGUACAUUGCGCCGGCGCCGUUCCUGCACGUCAACCUGCUGGCCAACCGGACGGUGGUGGGCGCGUGUCUGCUCGACUUCACGUACCAGGUGUCGUACUACUGCUGGAACAGCUACUUCACGUCGUUCCUGCAGGUGGUCAACGACCUGACGCUGGCCGAGGCCGGGUACGUGGGCAGCACGUUCGACGUCGUGUCCGGGGUGCUGCUGCUGUUCGUGGGCCUCCUGAUCCGCCGCACGGGCUACUUCAAGUGGCUGCUCUUCGUGGCCGUGCCUCUCGGCAUCGGGUACAUCGUCAUGUGCCAGAUCCUGAUCGCGGUGGGCGGGGCCAUCUUCAUCAUCGUGCAGCAGAUCGCGAUCCUCGCGGCCGCCGACCACCAGCACGUCGCCGCCGUGCUGGCCCUGCUGUACGUGGUCGGCAACGUCGGCGGCGCCGUCGGCAACACCAUCUCCGGCGCCAUCUGGACAAACACCUUUGCCGACGCCCUCGCCCGCUACCUCCCCGCCGACAUCUCCCCGACCGACCUCGCAGACAUCUACAACAGCCUCGACGUCCAGCUGAGCUACGCGAAGGGCUCCCCCGAGCGCCGCGGCAUCCAGCACGCCUACGGCUACGCCCAGGCCCGCAUGCUCGCCGUCGGCACCGGCAUCAUGGGUCUGUCGCUCAUCUGGAUGUUCAUGAUCCGGAACAUCAACGUGAAAAAGGUCGCCCAGGUCAGGGGCACGGUCUUUUGA